GCCCGGGGUUGGCGCGCCGGCGGGGAAAGCGACCUGGGAGAGACCAUGGCGUCGCUCAGCUGCGGUACUGCCGUCUGCGUUGUCUGUUUGGAGAAACCCAAAUACCGCUGCCCCGCCUGCCGCGUGCCCUACUGUUCCUUGCCCUGCUUCCGGAAGCACAAAGAGCAGUGCAAGCCUGCAGCUGGUCCUGUUGAGAAAAAGAUAAGAUCAGCUCUUACUGCAAAAACUAAAAAGCCUGUGGAAAAUGAAGAUGAUGACGACGACUCUGUGGCUGAUUUUCUCAAUAGUGACGAGGAAGAGGACAGAGUGUCUUUGCAGAAUUUAAAGAACCUAGGGGAGUCUGCAGCGCUGAAGAGCUUAUUGCUCAACCCGCACCUCAGACAGCUGAUGGUCGACCUCGAUCGGGCAGAUGACAAGGCCAAGCUUAUGCGAGCCUGCAUGCUGGAGCCCUUGUUUGUGGAGUUUGCCGACUGCUGCUUGAGGAUCGUGGAGCCGUCUCAGAACGAGGAUCCUUGAGGUGGAUGACCAUGCUGCCUGCCCCUCCCGGGAGGCCGUCACGUGUGGGCAGCGCUGCCAGGACUCGGGACUGAAGUGGGCCCCCCCUGCCCCCUCCAGCACUGCAGGCUGGGGUGCAGGCAGGCGGAAGUACUCACGCUGGUAGACCCGUAUGGACAGAGAACUCGACAUUCAAAUGGUGGUUUUUAAGUGUUUUAUUUUUGAUACAAUUAAGACAUAAAUAUUUACUGAGCUUUCACACCCAUUUGAGUGAAAACUUGCUCAGUGUUUCGAAAUAAAAUUACGGUGUGGUGGUUCUUUGGUACAUUA